AUGGAAGAUAAUUCAGUAGCAAUAGAUAAUAUAACAACAAUUACAAAUGCACAAAUUAUGGGUGACAAUGAUAGAUUAAUUAUUGAUGAUAAUGUUUUAAAUGAAUUUAAAAAUGAUAUUUCAAAAGUUUUUAAUAAAAGCAAUGAAGAAAUGAAAAAAAUUGAAAAUCAACAUUUUGAAAUUUUUAAUCAAUUUUUAAUAAAAGAAAAAGUGGUUUCAAAAUGUAUUGAAAAAGAAAAAAAUUUAAUUCAAUGUUUAUCAAAUAAUAAGGAUCAUUUUUUAAAUUGUUCGGAUAUUUUAAAAGAAUUUACAGCAUGUCAAGAAAAAUUUGUUAAAGAAUUCAAUAUAAAUAGAAAAUAG